AGGCCGGGGGUGUUUCUUCUCCUCUCCUUCCUGGCUUCAGAUGGUAUUGGAGUCCCUCGAGAGCUGCCGCUGCCGCUGCCACCGGGCAGCCCUCCAGGGGGCUCCGGCCCCCCGCAAGAGAUGGGGCUGUGUCCCCUUGUGCUGGUCCCCAUGUCUUCCCCACGCUCUGCGACUCGCUCCCAGAAUUCCAGCCAUGGCCCGUGCUGUGUCCUCCAGGCGUCUCGUUAUGGUGUUCUCAGUAAUGUCAGGUUUAAUUUUUCUGUCACCAACAGCCUACGUGCGACCCGAGAUGAGCCCCUUCUGCUGUUCCGCACUCCUCAGCGUCCGUGGCCAGAGACUGUCUGCUCUCCCCUCCGCAGGAUAAAAAGGAGAUCUGAGCUCUGCUCCCUAAUGAGCUGUUGUAAUGAAGCGGACGCCUCGUCUAAGGUUCCGAGGUCCCUGCUGCUUCCAGCCUCAGGAGGGCAGAGGUCAGUGGCCCCGCAGCCCCCAACACCUUUCCAGGACCAGUCUGUUCCUCUACAAAUAACAGGGGCGCUACCGAGGGCUCACCAAACUGGAAAGUUCUGCAAGUCUGUGAAUGCUGGAGCCCAUGUUGGAGUGUGGGAACCCCGGGGGUUUCGAUCCCGUCUUCCCGGCGAGCCCUCAAAGCUGGCGACCAGGUUUGCUCAUCCUGAGAUUAAUGGGCCCUCCCUCCAGCUCCCAGCCCAGUGCUUUAUACAGCUUGAUAAACGCAUGCUGAGGACUUGGUCCCCGGGGCAGUUCACGUCCUGCAGAAGGUCGUUGCUGAGGUGGGUUUGGGGCGUCCCGGGAUUCACUGUAGAUAAAGCCCGCGAGGGAAAGGAGGCAGGAGCAUCAGGGAGAGAGAGUCUUCGACCCCAGUGAGCUUCCGGCAAAGUCUCGGCCAGCCCAGUGGAGAACUCCAGAGCAAAGAUUGCUUGCUGAGGACACGUACUAAGGACACGAGUGGCCGGGCCCUACCUCCCCUGUAGAGACCAGCUAUUGACGGCGGCCUGGCCCGGAAAUGCCCGGUCCUGGCUCGAAGGCCAAGCUGGAGCCGGAUGGCUCCGUCGGCAGAAGGCUGGCAGCUCAGUGCUCGCCCUGACGAUGAGCUCCAGGUUCCUUCUCCAAGAGAGACCUGAGCGGCUCGUCCCCACCGACGGUCACUGGGCCAUCUGCUUAAUGACAACUAAAGGAGACAUACAGGUCGCAGGCCUCUGAGGCGACCGUGGUCCACCGGCCACGAUAAGUUCCAGACCUUCCGAGCGGGCAGGGCCCUUAGACUUAGACAUUCAUCCAGCAAGUGUCAGGGGAAGCCGUUGGAUGCCGGGCACGGUUCUAGGCUCUGGGAAAAUAGUAGGUGAAUGAAACGGUCUCUGCGCGGAUCUGCCAGGAGAGGGGUCAGAAAACUUCAAAGGGCCAGAGAGGAAAUAUUUUAGGUCUGUUGCAAGGACCCCGUGCGGCUGUUGUGGGGACACAGCAGUCUGACCGUGCCGGUAAGACUUCACAAAAACAGGCCGGGUUUGGCCCGCAGGCUGUAGUGUUCUGACCCCGGAUUGGGAUAACACCUGCCUGUUUACAGAUGCAAAGACUGAGGCCCAGAGAGGGUAAGCACUAGACCCAGCUCACACAGCAGGAGGUAGGGGAGCCAGCGAGGCGUUAGGAGACUUGACUCCCA